GUGGUCACCCUCCCCCUCCUCCCCCUGGCAUCAGCUGGGCUGGUGUCGUAUGUUUGUUUAUGUUUUAACUCUUUUUAUUAGUUUGAUUAGAAAUAUCGGGUGUUCGUUAUCUGAAACUAUUAGUGUCGUAACCCUGUAGUCAACGGUCUUAGAAGAUGUUUUUAUCAUCACUGCUCUCAAUGCGUUCAUCUACGAUGAACAUGAUUUGAGAAGAAACUAACCUCGCCACUACUGUUGCUUUGUUUUCAUUCUGCUAUUACUUUUAAAAUCCCUUUCUUCUUAUUUUUGACCCUAAGCUAAAAAUGGAACACUUAGUCGAUGCUCAUUACAUAGCGUUGCCCUCGCAGGGCAACGUUUAUUCGCUAACACCCCUUCUCCUCCCUAGUGGAGCUCAUAAAAUUAUUUUAUCCACCCUACGUCGUCGUGUUUUAUCAUUUCGUUACAAUUUUACCAAUGACUCUUCACGUUUAAAACCACUGCUCAGAGAAGUUCACUUUACAUGUAUACCAAAUACUGCUGAAAUAGUUUCCAUCGAUGCAUUUAGCCGAGGACCCUCAGGGGAAGAUUAUGUCAUAGGGAUAACAUUGGUCAAGUCCACUGAUGGCAGCCUACCAGAGGCAUAUCUCAACAUAUACAGUGACCAAGAUUGUGAAGGAGAUGCCUUACGUAAUUUAGACAAGCCAUCUGCCCCAGAUAACACCGCUCCGUUUACAACAGGUGGCAGCACUCCAGCACUUGACAACGCUGCCCAAAACUGCCGAAUGGUAGAACUUGGAUUCGUUCCUUAUCAACUAGGUCAUGCCAAGUUGCCUCACAAAAAUGAAAAUGUGUGGAUUUUGGGUGGUGGAGACUGUCGAGUUCAUGUAUUACAAGAGGAUGCUGCUCAAAAUUAUGAAGAGGUUACAGCCGAGGGCAUUUUCCCAGAAUUAAAAGAUAUCCUCCCAAGCCCUCCACUUUGGACCAAUAUCUAUUACAGGGAACAACAAAAAGAGCGAAUGUGUGCAAUUGGAUGCGAAUGCGGCUACCUCAGAGUGACCCAAACGUCCAUCAAUGGAUCUGAGUGUCAUAUCUCUGCUAGUUGGGAAAUGCAAAUGCAGGGCCCCAUCAGCUGUGUUCGUUUCUUCACCCUUCCCAAUGAAAUGAAUUUCCAAACUCUACCAGACAGCAAAGGGCAGUCCUCUCUGAACCUCCUUGUUGCUUGUGCUAUUCAGCCCUCUCAAGUUUUUAUGAACGUUAACUUGCUGGGGCUGACAAAUGGCAUGGAGUUGCCGUCAAGUGCAUCGAGCGAUGCUGUGCUUUGUGGAAUGACUGCUGAUUUAGAUCUUGAUGGCUCAGUGGAAGUCUUGCUGGGCACGUAUGGACGUCAGCUGCUAGUUUAUAAGUGGGAUUCAAAUGCCUGGGAUCUACGAGCAACGAGGACAUUGUGUCAUCCAGUUCAUAGUUUGCAUUAUUUGGAUGUUACUGGGGAUGGAGUUCGUGAGCUGCUUAUUCUCACCCCUAAGGGUCUUCAUGUCUUCCAGCACCAUUUAGAACAUGUAGAGGACAGAAUUGAGAGUUUUGUGAAAAUGAUGCUCAACAGUGCACCUGAGAAGAAGCUUAGUGAAAGUGAGGGCUGAUGCCUCCAUAGAUUGUCUUAAACUGUGAUACUAUGGUUACCAGUGGUAUGUGUAACAGAGACAAAUUAUUAAAUCAAAGUUAUUUUACAAGA